AGAACGUGGGUUGAACGUCGCGCACUGGCGUGGGAGCUCCAGUUGGAACGGGAGUUCCGAGCGACCCGCACGCGAGGAAGGGCCGAGCCGGCGGCAGGGUUCAUUGAGAAAUCCUUAGUGCUAUUGACAUGUUUCAAGGGACAUAAAUUAGCCAAUGACUCGGAAUGACGGAUUCCCCGAAGAGUGGAAAUGGUUUGCCAGUGGUUGGACCAGGGGCUGAUAUAGGGAAAUCUUCACUCCACAUGGUGGGGUACUUGGGAAAAAAUUAUGAUUCAGCUAAAGUUUUAUCAGAUGGAUAUUGCCCUUCUUGUAGGGCGAAGGGAAAGUUAAAAGCCUUAAAGACUUACCGAAUUAGUUUUCAAGAAUCUGUCUUUUUGUGUGAGGAUCUGCAGUGCAUCUAUCCUUUAGGCUCUAAAUCACUUAAUAACUUAAUUUCUCCGGGUUUGGAGGAUUGUCACACUCCAAAUAAGCCUCAAAAGAGAAAGAUCUUGGAAACCAACUGUGAAGAUUUACCUCUUUUAGCAGAUUCCAAAAAGACUAAAAAUCAUCGAGGCAUUGACAGUGAACAAGUUUUGAACAGUAACCAUAAUGGAGGAGAAUAUGAUGGAACCUCACCAGGCUUACCUGGUUCACUGUACAGUGGACAGCAGAAUCCAGUUAGGACAGCUGAUUCCUGGGAGCAGAAUGAGGCUUUGGAAGCUGAUACUGUUGACAUGGCUCCUGAGGAAGAUGCUACCAUGGUUGAUGUUUCUGGAACUGAAGGAACUCGCCCUCAAAAUGAAAGAUGCACAUCUGAACUGGAAAAGCCACUGGAGAGCAAACAUACCUCAUUUUGCCAGACUUCAUGUGUCCAGUGGAAGAACGCACAUGCCCUGUGUUGGUUAGACUGUAUCCUGUCAGCACUGGUGCACUUGGAAGGGCUGAAAAGCACUGUGACUGACCUGUGCUCUAAAGAGGAGUCCGUGUUCGGGCAGUUGUUUACCAGGUAUAAUGAAGCCAAUAAGCUUCUGCACACCAGUCAGCUGGAUGGAGUCAAAGAUGGAGAUUGUAAAAAGCUUCCUUCAGAAAUAUUUGCAAAGAUAGAGACCUGUCUGAAUGAAGUAAGAGAUGAAAUUUUUAUUAGACUUCAACCUCAGCUUAGAUGUACAUUAGGUGAUAUGGAAAGCCCUGUGUUUGCAUUUCCCCUGCUCUUAAAAAUAGAACCCCACAUUGAACAGCUCUUCACAUACUCUUUUUCUUGGAAUUUUGAAUGUUCACACUGUGGACACAAGUAUCAAAACAGAUGUAUGAAGAAUCUGGUCACCUUUACAAAUGUCAUCCCUGAGUGGCACCCACUUAAGGCUGCCCAUUUUGGUCCAUGUAACAAUUGCAACAAUAAGUCACAAAUAAGAAAAAUGGUAUUAGAAAAAGUCUCUCUCGUAUUCAUGUUACACUUUGUGGAAGGCUUACCCCAUAAUGACUUGCAGCGCUAUUCAUUUCAUUCUGAAGGCUGUCUUUAUCAAGUAACUUCUGUAAUUCAGUACCAAGCAAAUAAUCAUUUUGUAACAUGGAUUUUAGAUGCUGAUGGAAGUUGGCUAGAAUGUGAUGACUUAAAAGGCCUGUGUUCUGAAAGGCACGAGACGUUUCAGGUUCCUGCUUCGGAGAUACAUAUUGUUAUUUGGGAAAGAAAAACAUCCCAGAUGACAGAUAAAGCACCUGCCUGCCGUCAACUUAAAAAGACUAGUGACCAGUACGCUUUUGGCAACGAGAAGCAAGCGUCUCGAGCAGCAUGUUCUACAGGCAAAGCUGCCUCAGCUGAACCGUCUUCAGGAACGCACCCCACAGAUGUGUCCAUGGUUCCUAAUACCCUCUCACAGGAUGAAGCCGUAGCUCCUGGACAUCAUUCUCUUCCAGAUCUGAAAGGUUCAGUUGACAGCAGUAUCUUACCUUCGACACUUGAAGAAGUACAGUCCAACUCUGAAGGUUUUUUAUUAGAACACAAACCUGUGGCAGAAAAUGUAGGGGUUGUUGAAGCAAACACUUUGCAGUCAGAGAAGCCACUCAUAGCUUCUUUAGUGGCCCCAUGCGAGGACAGGCUUACCCACAACCAGUCUAUGGAUUUAAGCUUUUCAUCCCAACUCUUAGCUAUGCCAUCAGUACAGGUGACUACAGAAGAUACUGUAGUUACUCAGCCUGUGAAUGACACUCGUGCUGGGGACCUUACACAGCAAGUAAAGUCAGUAGACACUGAAGGUACAGUUGCGCUAGAGAGGAAUGCUUCAUUGAAACAAUUUCUUGUACCAGAAACUGAGAAGUUAAAUCCAGAACAACAUGUUACAUCUCAGGUAUCUGAUUGGAAGGAAGAAGAAACCACAGCAUUUUCUCAAACUGUAACAGCUAAGCCGUUACAGAAUCCACCUCUGAAAGAGAAGAAACCAUUUGUGGGAAGUUGGGUAAAAGGCUUAUUAAGCAAGGGUGUUUCUUUUAUGCCCUCUUGUGUUUCAACUCAUAACAGAAACACUGUGACUGAUUUGCAGCCUUCAGUUAAGGGGGCAAGUAAUUUUGGUGGCUUUCAAACUAAAGGUUCAAGACAAAAGGCCAGCCAGGCCUCCAGGAAAGCUCACAGGAGGGCAGCUAAGCUGCCUCUGGUGAGUAACUCUCCUCCAAGCCAUCAGUCACCAGCCAGCACAGCUUCCCCUCCCCGUGCUGAUGGCACUGGUGAUUCGGAAGUUUGGAAGAGAUGUGAAAGUGCCUCCUGUGGAGCUCACCUCAACCACAGUUCUCAUGGAAAUGAAAAUGGUGUUUCGUCACCAAACCAUGGAGACACAAUUGAGGGUCAGAUUCAUAAACUCCGUCUAAAACUUCUUAAAAAACUUAAGGCAAAAAAGAAGAAAUUAGCCGCUCUGAUGUCUUCCCCCCAAAACGGAACACUUCCAAGUGAACCUUCAGAACAGGUGUCCCAUUGUGGGUCUCCAAAUGACGGUGAGUCAAUAGAAGGCUUGCUACAAGAACUGCAGCGUCAAAUUGACAUUGCCGAUAAUAAAUCAGGGUGCGCCACAGUUCCCGGUGUUUCCCCGUACGGUGGUCAGACGCAUGAAGAAAUUCUAGCAGAAUUACUGUCCCCGACCAGUGUGGUUUCAGCAGAGCUCUCAGAAAACCGGGAGGCUGACUUCAGGUAUUUAGAAAUGGGAGAUAGUCACAUCCCGGCACCAGUUCCCAAUGAAUUCAACAGUAUUCCCCACAACACACAUCUGAGGCAGGAGCAUAAUUACUGCAGCCCCAAGAAAAACCAGAGUGAACUUCAGCCAGAUUCACUCACAAAUAAUGCUUUUAUUAGAACAUUGAACUCGGAAAGUCCCAUGAAGACUGAUAUUUUUGAUGAGUUUUUUUCUGCUUCAGCAUUAAAUUCUUUAGCAAAUGACACAUUAGACUUACCUCAUUUUGAUGAAUAUCUGUUUGAGAAUUGUUGAGUGCUUUUGGCUCUUUUUAGUUUUAUAUUUAUUACUACUCUUGGAAAAAUUUACUGUAUUUCUAGGUAGUGUUUGACACACUGGCCUUGUCAUGAAUAAAAUGUAAGCUACUGAAAGUUUUGCCUCUCCAGUUUUCUUACCUGGAGAAUCCCAUGGACAGAGGAGUCUGGCGGGCUACAGUCAUGGGGUUGCAGAGAGUCGGACAUGACUGAAGCAACUUAGCAGUAGCAGCAGCAUGCCCAUGAAGCCUGUGAUCUGUUUCAUAAGUUUAAAUAAUGAUGAAUGUGUUCUCCUUUUUGGCUUCAUUUUGUGGUAGAUGAAUGAGGGUUUGAAAAUGUUACAAAUGAAAAGUAGUGUAUAGUUUCUAGCAAUUUGUACAGUUGGGUACACUCAAUUUCUACAUUUCAAAUUUUAGUUUUGUUGGUUCAGGAGAAACACUAGUUGAUACAAACUUAAGUGACUGUAUAUGGUAUGUGAGCAUGUGACUGCUUUUACUAGUGGUGCUGUGGUCUUAGAUAAGAGCCUAAGCAUGUGUCUUGUACCAGUAGAGUGGUAUAGAAUGUAAACUUCCCCCCCAAUAUAAUUUGUCUCCUCUUUCUCUCCUUAAAAAAGAUGGCAGGAAACUCAUAAGUAGAAUGUUGCAUAAUGUUGUGAUCAAAAAAUGAUCUAUAAAAGGAAAAAGUAAUGCAUUUUUGUGUUGAUGUGCUAAGAGAUUAUAAGUAUCAUCUUUCUCCCCUAAGACACUUAUUUCUGUAGCCAAAGUGGAACACACCAUCUAACAGUUAUGUUUUGGCAGAAAUAGUUUCCUUAUAUGAACCUGUAGCUUCAUUUAAACUUCGGGUGCCCAAACAGCACCUCCUGCUGUAUUAAUUUGAAUUAGCAGCAGAGUUACUAAGGUUUAAGGGUGGCCAUCUUGGGGAAAGAAUACUUUGCUAGGGACUCAGAACUUCAGAAUUAAUUCAUCAGAUUUACUUCCAAACCUCCCUCCCUUCCCUUUUUUCUGAUUACAAAAGUGACACGUUUAUUAUAAGGAAAAACUGGGAAAAUACAAGAAAACACCAAGAUUUCAGAGUAUUCAUCUUGACAUUUAGUGAUAAUAACUACUGCAGACAUUUUCAUGUUUUUAUGCAUUUAGACUUUUAAGAAAUAAAAGCUUCUCUUGUACCUGUUUGUUAAUGAUCUGUGUUCAUGUUUAAUGAGCAUUUUUUCCAUCUUUAGUUUUUGACACCUUUCAGAUAGCUAUGUAAUGUUACAUUGUAUUACCACUGUUUCAUCAAUUUAUAUUUUGAAGUGAUUUGUACUGUUUUGUUAUUGUUAAUUAUACUUAUUGACAAAAAUUUUCACAGAUCCAGGUUUUCUGGGAGUGGAAUUGCUGGGUUGAAGAAUAUGCACUUUUAUUUUUGGUCUUGAGUCAUUUUGCUGAAUCCUCAUCAGCACUAGGAAGUAGCAUUGGUUGGGGGAGGGAGAACCUUGGCUCAUUUUGGUUACAUUUCCAUGAUGACUAGUGAGGCUGAAUAUUUACUAUAACUCUCUUAGCUAUUUGAGUCUUUGAGGCAUUACUUAUCCAUCCUUUACUUGUUAUUAAUUAUUCAUUCAAAUAUUUCUAGGUUUCUGCUGAAUGUCAAGCAUUGUUGUAAAGCUGAUA